AUGGCAGCAGAGCUGUUCCCCGCCAAGAAGCUGGUGUCUUCGGCCUCAAGCAGCAGCAGCGCCGCCGCCUCGCUCCAGCAGCAGAACCUGAGCAACAACAACCCGGCCCCGGGCGGCUGCAGCUGGCAGGGCCUGUACCCCACCAUCCGGGAGAGGAAUUCAGUCAUGUUCAACAACGAGAUGAUGGCUGACGUUCACUUCGUGGUUGGACCGCCGGGCGGGACCCAGAGGGUUCCUGGACACAAGUAUGUCCUGGCCGUGGGCAGCUCCGUGUUCCACGCCAUGUUUUACGGCGAGCUGGCUGAGGACACGGAGGAGAUCCGGAUCCCGGACGUGGAGCCACCGUCCUUCCUGGCCAUGCUGAAGUACAUCUACUGUGACGAGAUCGACCUGUGCGCCGACACGGUGCUCGCCACCCUCUACGCCGCCAAAAAAUACAUCGUGCCUCACCUGGCGCGGGCCUGCGUCAACUUCCUGGAGACGAGCCUGAGCGCCAAGAACGCCUGCGUGCUUCUGUCGCAGAGCUGCCUGUUCGAGGAGCCGGACCUGACGCAGCGCUGCUGGGAGGUCAUCGACGCGCAGGCCGAGCUGGCGCUGCGCUCCGAGGGGUUCUGCGACAUCGACGCGCAGACGCUGGAGAGCAUCCUGCGGCGGGAGACGCUCAACGCCAAGGAGAUGGUCGUGUUUGAGGCGGCGCUGAGCUGGGCCGAGGCAGAGUGCCAUCGCCGCGACCUGCCGCCCUCCAUCGACAACAAGCGGCUGGUGCUGGGCAAGGCCAUCUACCUGAUCCGCAUCCCCGCCAUGGCGCUGGAGGACUUUGCCAACGGCGCGGCGCAGUCCGGCAUGCUAACGCUCAACGAGACCAACGACAUCUUCCUGUGGUUCACGGCGUCCCGCAAGCCGGAGCUGCUGUUCUGCUCCAAGCCGCGGAAGGGCCUGGCGCCGCAGUGCUGCCACCGCUUCCAGUCCUGCGCCUACCGCAGCAACCAGUGGCGCUACCGCGGCCGCUGCGAUAGCAUCCAGUUCGCCGUGGACCGCCGCGUCUUCAUCGCCGGCUUCGGCCUGUACGGCUCCAGCUGCGGCUCAGCCGAGUACAGCGCCAAGAUGGAGCUGAAGCGGCAGGGCGUGCCCAUGGCGCAGCGCGUCAUCAAGUUCUUCUCCGACGGCUCCAGCAGCACCUUCCCGGUCUGGUUCGACUACCCGGUCCAGAUCGAGCCCGACACCUUCUACACGGCCAGCGUGGUUCUGGACGGCAACGAGCUCAGCUACUUCGGCCAGGAGGGAAUGACGGAGGUCCAGAGCGGAAAGGUCACCUUCCAGUUCCAGUGCUCCUCCGACAGCACCAACGGGACCGGUGUCCAGGGCGGCCAGAUCCCAGAACUUAUCUUCUACGCCUGAUCCGGGCCGAGUCGGGUCGCAGCGGGAAGCCGGGGGACUACUUCCGGUGGCGGAUGAAUACACUAACGGUCUGAUCCCUGAGUGACGCGCCGCCCUGAGACAAAAUAGAGUCAAACUUUUGCUCCAUAUUUUCAUUUUUGUGCCGCGAUUAUUUUAGACAUCAGGAAAGUUUCCAGAGGUCAUGAAAGGUCAACCAGCCCCUCUCCCUCCCCCCGUAAUGUUUGUGCUUUGAGAUGUUGAUGACCUUUGACCUCUGGACCUUUUAUUAUCUUCUAAUGAUAAAGAUAAAGUUUUGCUGCACAGACGUUUGACACCAUUUAUAGAUUAUUGAUUAUUAAUCUCUGAAGGCGGUUCUGGACUGAAGGAAGGUCGGAGAAGCAGAACCCGACCGGAUCUCUCCAUCGGACCUCCUAGUGCCUUAAUGACGUGUAGAUCCGGUUCUGCUGAGCCGGGUCAGAACUGUUUCCGGGUUUAUUUCAGAUGGACGACGUUCAGAUCCGCGUUGAUCCGCGGGUCGUUUCAGUCGGUUCCGACCCGUUGUUUAGAAGAAAAUGGUUCUGAUCUGCUGAGUUCUGGUUCACCUCCAGAACCAGAACCGGUCCACUUCCUGGUCUCAGAGGAGCAGUUUCUGUUGGGAUCGGGUCAGAACCUCAGCUGGAUCGGACCGGACCACUGGAACCAGGCCGUGGUUCUGAUCGUGCUGCAGCUCCUCAGUUUGUUGCCUUAGUGAAGCUGCUGAGUGUGGCGCAGUUUCUGCUGCAGCCUGAAGGUGGCGCUGUUGCUGUUACCUGCAGGUGUGGAAGCAGAACCGCUUCACGCUCAUGAUAUUCUGGAUGAGGUUCUGUCAUCGUUUGGACCCGAAGCUCGUUGCUUUUUCUUCAUUUAAUCACCUGGAAACGAGUUGAACUGAGUUCAGACUUUCCUUUAGUUUCCUGUCUGUUUUCUACCAGGUUUCAGUUUUUAUUUUUGUGUUUUUAGUUUUUCUGUUUUCAGUUUUUGUGUUUUUCUGUUUUUAGUUUUUGUGUUUUUAGUUUUUGUGCCUCCAUCCUGGAUGAAACUCGGUGGCCUUAUCAAACUCAUGUUGUGAUGAAAUAAAAAGUUUAAAAAGUU